AUGGUCUCCUUAAUGAUCUGGAAGGGCAGCGUGGUCCUCGUGGCCCUCGUGGUCCUCGUGGCCCUGCAAGCCCCGACACCCAGAGUGACCCUUGCAGCCUUCCUGGCCAGGGUGGCCCUGGUGCCCCCGACACCUCGGAGGUACAAGGAAGCCCGAGGCACUGGCGAAUUCAGCUGCGGAUGGCGCCUUAACCAGGACUCCUGCAGCAAGCUCACUGUGCCUUUCCGGUGCUCGCUGGAGGCGGAGAUGGCCCGCAUAACCAUGGACGACGAAGAUGAGUAUAUCCCCCAGCAGGUGGUUCAAAGGGAGAUCAAGAUCAAGGGCGCCGUGUUGUUUGUCAAAUGGAUUGCCGACGACUUUGAUCAGCUCCGUGUUUCCGUCGGCGCCUUCCUGGAAAAGCUGUCGGUGGUGAUGCGCAACAUCCAGUGCAUUUGGCCUUUGAUUCCAAAGAGAGUCAACAGGGAGGGGAGGGCUGGGAUGGAACCCGGUGACCCUAACUAG